CUGACUUUGUGAACUUUAUGAGUGACCCACAGAAUCCGGGGGCCUCACCCCCAGCUCCUGCUGUAGAGACACCUGCUCAACAGUGGGCAGAGGUAGUCGGUAUGGAAAAUUUACGAUUCCUUACCACGGACAGCUUUGAUGGCUUCAUGAAGGAACACAGCUCCGUCCUUGUUAUGUUUUAUGCUCCAUGGUGUGGACAUUGUAAGGCAAUGAAACCAGCCUAUGGAGAAGCAGCGGCUAUUCUCAAUGGCCAGGAGAUUGAUGGAGUUUUAGCUGCAGUUGAUGCCACUUUAGAGCCAAAUCUGGCCUCCAAGUUUGGGGUAAAGGGAUACCCUGCAUUGAAAUAUUUCAAAGAUGGAAAGGAAGCAUUUGACUACAAAAUGGGAAGAACGACAGACAAUCUUGUUAGCUUUAUGAAAAAGUAAGUUAGUGGUGCUUCAAG